ACUCCUCCACCCGUUUUGCUCCUGUGAUCUUCGGUAUGAGUCUGAUAUAUAGUAUCCUUAACGUGUAUUCUAUAGGACGUAAAAUAAAACGUGUAUUCUAUAGAAAUGUAUUGAAAAAUAUAAUAUUAUACUUUUUGAUUUAAUAUUUUCUUGUGUCAAUUGGUACAAAUGUUUGUUUUCAUAUUAUGUCUCCAGUGUAUUGAAAGUAUUACAAUUUUUCUUAAUAACAUUUUCCCACUGAUGUGAUAUCCCUAUUAGUUAUAACUUGUAUUAUCUCCGGUGCUACUCACGAACAAUAUUUAUAAAAACGAAAUAUAAUAUAUAUUUGCAAUGAAAAGUGCUGUAUUAAAUUAAAAAUAUAAGUUUUCUGAUUAUAUCUUACAAAACUCCAAGACAAAUGUAAAAUCUCUUUUCAAAAACUAUAUUAAUUGACUAUAUAUAAGAGUUUUAAAACAUUUAUCAAAUUUUUAGUGAUAAAACUCGUCAACUAAGUUUUCAACAUUAAAAACUAUUAUCUUACAAAUCGUUAAUGUAUUUCACCCUCCAUCUAAAAUAUUAUGACGGAAGGUGACAUACGUUAAUGAAAUUAAAGUUUUGUAUUUCUUUCAUCGAAUAUUUAGUUGAGAGGUUGUUCUAUCACCAUCUUUAGUUGAGGGAUUUAAUACUAUAACAGAUUAUGAUAGAUUGAAACAAACUAAAUGAAAAUAUUAUAGUCAAAUAAAUAUGAAUUGCAUACCUUAUAUUGAUGGAAUAAAAAGAUAUUGAAAUGUAUCAGAAUGGUAAAAUUGAUAUUCAAAUAUAAAACUAGCAAAUUUGAAUUGACCUUGUUUCUAGAUAACUCAAAAUACUAAUUGCUGGUAUCUGACAUUUAGCUAUAAAUACACAAAGUUCCUUCAUAAAAACACCAACCAAUAUUUUAUUGUUCCAGUUAUCUCUAAAGAAAUGAUGAAAAAAAGUAAAGGUCGUCAAAAAACAAAAAUGGUCAAAAUGGAUAAAGAAAAUAACCUUCAAGUUACGUUUUCUAAAAGAAAAAAUGGUCUUUUCAAAAAGGCUUGUGAGCUUUGUACACUUUGUGAUGCUGAGGUCGCUAUUUUUGUGUUUUCACCUAGUGGAAAAGUUUAUUCUUUUGGUCAUCUAGACGUAGAAACUAUAAUAAAUCGAUUCGAAGGCAUUGAAAAUCCACCUCUCAACCCACAACCCAACAUGCAACUUGAUGAAAUCCAUCGAAACUCUCCGAUUCAAGAUCUGAACAAUGAUCUUACUGAGCUGAUGAACCAACUAGAAUUAGAGCAAAAAAAGACUGAAGACUUGAAGAACAAAAGAAAAAAUUCCAAAGUCCCUGAGAUUUGGUUGAAAGAUUCCAUUGGAGGACUUGACUUAGGUCAAGCCAAAGAAUUCAAAGGUAAACUUGAAAAUCUGAAGAAACAAGUGAGAUAUGAAGCUUUCAAAAUCCUCCAAGGAAGAUAUCCUCAUCCAAGUUUCUAUGUGGGAAGCUCUAGUAAUGCUCUUUUUGGGGUUGAUGGUGGUAUUAAUAUCAAUCCAAAUAUGAACCUGUUUGAUCAAAGAAGAAUGGUGAACAUGAAUAAUUUCUACAACCAUAACAUGGCUCUCCCCAAUCAUCCAUUACCAUUUGGAAACUACGGUCAUGCUGAGGGAUUUGUUCCGGGAUACAAUUACAUACCAGAGCCUAAUCCAACUGAAAACCAAAACCCGAGUUCCAAAGAAGAAAAUGAAGCUGGAAAUGAACAUCAUCAUGAUGGCCAUUCUCCUGACCCUAGAUCUGAUUAAUAUUAAUAAUUUCUGAUGUGGUGCAGUUGAAGACAAAAAUCAUGUUUUUAGGUUGUACUCAUCUCUUCUAAGUAUGUUGUGUUUAUCUUCUUUUGCAGUAUUCCUCAUUUCUCCUUGUUAUGUUGUGUUUUUCUUUUGCUUAUUCAGAAUUAUGCUAUUGUUAUAUUUUCCUUAUUUUUCUCUGAAGUGUUCCUUUUAAAAGAAAAAAGAUUGUAACAUUCUCUAUUUUAUUAAUGGAUUUCAUUAUUCGAUUAUCGUCGGUUAUUGUAAAGAUAGAGCCUUGGGCGGUGUCAGUUUGAUGAAUCAUGGCUCGAGAUGAUUGGAUUAGUGGAGAAGGUUGAGUUCUAACUUCCGAUUAAAAUCGUUGUCGCAGGUCUUAAUGGUUCUAGACGUUGUUUAAUUAUCUCCUACUCAUGUGAAACUUACCGAUAAGAAGAGUUCUUGCUGAGAAAUGUUCUGGAGUAUUAUACGUAUAUGAAAGCAUAUUACGUAUAUAGUUUACUAAAAUAAUAAAAUUCUUUCGAGGACAAAUAUCUAAUAUGUUACAUAUUUUUCAAAAAUGAAUUAUAACAAAUUGAAAUCCAAUCUCUCUAAAACCAAGUUACAUUGGUGGGCCCUCACAGCCAUACCGGUCGGAUUUGUUCUACUUGCUUCUAUAGCUUUGUGGUGUUUCAGCUAAGUGUUUUUUUUUCUUAUUUCGGAUAUAUAUCUAGAUCAAAAUAUUUGAAGUUUCUUUUUUGAUUUCCGGGCUUGGGUGCAUGUCCUUCCGUUUUUUUUCCUGAUCCUCGUUGUUAUUGUGUUUCGCUGGUCUUCUAUGGUGGCGACGCUGUUGGAAAUGUUGCAACGGUUACGUUAUCUUGGUGGCCGACUCUAGUUUCUUUUUUGUCUCUUUGUAGAAAAUUUUCGUCUUGUUUGAAGGAUCUGGAGCUUCGCUUAUUUAUCAUCAAAUUGUCAGAAGCUAUCAGGUUAACCAAUUACUUCACAGCGUCUUCCUUGAUUGAGUCAAUGCGGUCCUGCUCGUGGCUCCUUCAGUAAAGUUAGGCUGUAGAGGUUUUUUCCUUUAGAUUCUUAGCAUGUAAUUCUUGUUAAUUGUUUCGGGACACACAACUCGCCUGCUUUGGAUUACUAAUGUGUAAUGUUUGGAUUAAUAUCAAUCUAAUGUGUAAUGUUUUUUUCCCUUUAGAUUCUUAGCAUGUAAUUCUUGUUAAUGGUUUCGGGACAUACAACUCGCCUGCUUUGGAUUACUAAUGUGUAAUGUUUGGAUUAAUAUCAAUCUAAUGUGUAAUGUUUUUUUUUCCUUUAGAUUCUUAGCAUGUAAUUCUUGUUAAUGGUUUCGGGACAUACAACUCGCCUGCUUUGGAUUACUAAUGUGUAAUGUUUGGAUUACUAUCAAUUUAAUCUUCCGGUGAGAAGAAAACCCAUACAUUCACAUAAAAUACUUUCAACCUAAUAAAUAUAGUGUAAUUAUAUUGAAAACCUAAACCCAAUGCACACCAUCUCAAUAGCAAAUUCACGACCUCAAUCCAACCAAACUCAUACGGUCCUCCACACAUCCCAUAAACUCACAAAUCUCUCAAGAGGAAAUCCAUGAAGACCAGAAAUAACACACACAAACACAGAGACAUGUCCAAGAGAAAGACAAAGAGCAAGGUGAUAUCUUUUAUGCCUUAUGCAAGCAAAAUACACUUUAAAGCACAAAAGUAAAGAUGCUUCUUUCUGGUUUGUUAAUAUCAAACCCUAGGGACCGUUGGGGAGAAUCAGGCUGGCUAACAGAAGAUGACUUUGAUGUUUCUAUCAUGGGAGCUGCUUGUUUUAAGGAACUACUCUUGUUAUCAUCAUUCACAUUCUCCACUUUCACUUCGUGUAUAACAGUAUAAUUGUAUCUUCAACACCACAUCAAGUUAGCAUGGACAAACUUACUGCCAUGGGUCAUCGCUAACGACCAUCAUAUCGUUCUCACUAUCGGUGUACAAGAUCCUCCAUCCAUUUAGGGUUGCCUGAGAAGCCCUUCCAUAUUGAACAGGCAUUCAAUCUCGGAAAGAAGAUCAUUUUAUAGUUGGAAUAGGUCAAUAGCUCUGCCCACCAGGCUUCCUUGCUUGUGAACCUUUUGAACACAAGAAAUCAUAAGAGGAGACGUCAAGAGAUGCAGCUCCAAGAAACGAAAUAUUUGAUAAAGAAGUGUUUGCUGACAAGAACUGGAAUAUAAUUUAUUUUCAAAAUAGCACAAAUGUAAUAUCAUAUAAUACCAUAGCAUAUAUACUUAUAAAAAAUUAUUGGAGAAUAUAAUAGUGUACGUACUAUAUGAUAAAGAAGUGUAAAUUGAAUGCUUCAAGAACUUAAAAUUGUUUAGAAAAGACAAUAUCAUAAAUCAAGCAUAAAAGUGCUGAUCAGACUGAUCAAGCAGUGAAAACCAAAAAUCUUCACUGCUUGAUCAGUCUGAUCAGCACUGUUAUGCUUGAUUUAUGAUAUUGUCUUUUCUAAACAAUUUUAAGUUCUUAAAGCUAUAGUCAUGCUGAGGGAUUUAAUCCAUGCUACAGUAGAGCCUAAUCCAAAAUGAAAACCAAAAUCUGAGUUCCAAAGAAGAAAAUGAAUAUGGAAAUGAAUAUCAUCAUGAUGGCCAUCCUCCUCACCCUUAAUCUGAUUAGAUAUUAAUCGAUUCUGAUUAGACAAUGUCAUGCUUUAAGUUUCCCUCAUCUCUCCUAAGUAUGUUGUGUUUAUCUUCUUUUGCGGAAUUCAUCAUUUUUUCUUGUUUUGUUUUUGAAACUCAAUCUUAAUUAAAAGGGGGCAAAGUUAGUUGGGAGCCAUAAUGUCUCCAUCAACCACCGAGUGUUCAACAACACCGAGAGCAGAUUUUGGUAAAACAUCAUCUUGGCUAUUCCUCUCUCGAGGAAUACAAGAAAAAGAGACAAACUCAAACACAAAUGCAAAGGAUAAAAUGUAUGCAACCACUCCAUAGAGCUCUUGUAUGCAAUUUCCUUAGUUUACAGAUUUGAUGAGCUGGGCAGAAUCCAAUUCGAAGCACACUUAUAGGUUAUGGAUUUUACCCACUUUUGACCAUGAUUUAUAUAUGUUUUUAGAAUCUUUUAUAUGCAUUUGGAGCUUUUUCAGAGUUUUUACAGGUUUAGGUACUCAUUUGAGAAAACUCGUGACUAUGGAGCAUUUUGGAACAUUUUUGAGAGCUUUGCUGAAAUCACUAAGACGGAUCGAUUAUUGAAGACAAACAUCGAUCAACAGAUCAAUACCAACAUUGAUCGACGGAUCAUUGACGCCGAUCGACGGCGAACCAUCCGCGAGAAUCAGCAUUUAAAGAAAUCACAAGUUUCACCCAAAACUCCAAUAAUUGCACCAUAAGUCCCUGAACACAUGUUAGGCUAUUUAUUAGGGUUUUGUAUCAUUUUAGAGGCAGGUCUUCUUGAGACUUAUUCCACCAUUGCCACACACUUGAAGAGAAGGCAUACUUGAUAGCUUGGAGAGUUUGGGAUAGGAGAAAGAGAUCUGAACUUCAUAACAGAGAAGAUCUUGAACUCCCUUGUUUCUUUUCUCUGUCUUGUUUACUUUUCAUACUCAUUUAAUUUAAGUAUUAUCAUGACCAUGUUUCUUAUGAAUAUAUCUGAGUAGUUUUAUUGUUCGAUUAAGGUUUUUCAAAGGGUGAUCUUGCUAAUAUGAACUGUUGUUAGGAUGUUUUAACCUGUUCUUGAUUUAGUUUCUCUUAAUGAUAAGUCUAGGAUUGAUCACCCUAAACUUAGAUCUUAGAUUUAAUUGGCGCAAGCAGAAGCUUGGUUAAUUGCCUCAAAUUAAACUAGAAUGAUCUAAUUGACUAGAUACACACGUAAAUUGGUCUAGGAGAUUAGAGAUCCCAUCAAACCCGUUUGCAAAGCGUGCUAGAAGGAACGUCGAUCGACAACUCCAUAUUUGCAUCGAUCGAGGGACUGAAAGGUGUAUCGAUCGACAUUCAUAUAGAAUCGUCGAUCGACACUUUCUCAAGAUCAACAAGCGAUAACUGAGAUCUUAGAUCUAGACAUUAGAUAAUCUAAACAAACACAAGUUGAUAGAUUACACUUACGUUUGAGUUCGAGAACAUAUCAUUUAUAAUUCCUAAUAACUUAAUUAAGUUUGCAUACUUGUCACACCUGAGAUUUAUCCCAAAUCUAGGUGUUUCCCAAAUAGUUUUCCUAAACAGGGUAUAUGCGGAUAUAUACUUUUACACGAAAUAUAAGUAUAAGAUUAAUAUAUAUACAUUAUUUUGAAAAAACUGAACAUAAAUAUAUUUAAAAUCCACUUUUAUGUAUAAGUAUAUAGUUUAACAUAUAUAAAUAGUUUUAAAUUAUAAAAAUUAAAGUCAUUUUAAAUAUAUAAAUAUGAUAAAUUAAAAUGAUUUUGCAACAAUUAUACAGAUAUCUACAAUCAUAUAAAUACAUAAAAUAAAUAAAAGUAAUAUAAAUAAUAACAUUAAUAAAAUAUAAUAAUAAUAUUAAUAGUUUAUUUUUUGAAUAUUAAUGCUUAAAAUCCGCUUAGACAUCCGCGUGGACCGCAUAAUGUCCGCCUAAACGCUAUUAUUCAUCUGAAUUAUACAAAUUCGUAUAAAAUACUGUAUAAUAUAAAAGAAAUUCGGUUGGCUACUGUAUAUCGCCUAAA